AUGUCUUUCUCGGGGAAGGCCUUCUUUCUGCAGAACAAACCAGAUUCUCCACUUAUUACGGCCACACAGCUCUGUAACGGCCUAUCCCAGCUCUUUGAUGGUACCUAUCCAAAGGAACAAACUGAUGUAAGAGUCAAGGUUGCAGAUGAGACCGACAGCGCUCUGGUGUUUGGGGAAAUUGAGUCUGGUGAAGUGGAAGAGCUCAGUCCUGCAGGGACUUUUGUUAUGAAAGUCAGAGCAACUGAUGCUGAUAAACCACAGAAUCACGCUUCUGAGAUUGUCUACACCAUCAUAAAACAGAAUCCACCUGAUGACCUGUUCUACAUUAACAGAAAAAAUGGUUCCAUCUAUGUUAAGAAGCCUCUUCUGGACAGAGAGAAAUGUGAUCGGUACAUUCUGACUAUAAAAGGUGAAGACCUAAAUGGCCCACCAGAGAGAAAAACUGCAACGAGCACUGUUACCAUAAAUGUCCUUGAUGUGAAUGACAACAGUCCCACUCUGGAAAAACAUCAGUAUGAGGGAAGCAUUGAGGAGAACACACAAGGUGUGGAGGUGUUAAAGAUCAAAGCAGAGGACCUGGAUCUGAAGGGCACAGAUAACUGGGCAGCUGUGUUUGAUAUUGUCAGAGGCAAUGAGGCCGGAUAUUUCAGCAUUACAACAGACCCCAACACCAACGAGGGCAUCUUAAUGCUCGACAAGUCUGUGGAUUAUGAGGACGUGAAGAACAUUGAACUCGGGUUAGCUGUAAGAAACAGGAGUCCACCAUUUUAUAGAAGUGUUGGAGCAAAAUAUCAUCUCAUCAAAAUCAGUGUGAAGAACCAGCGUGAGGGGCCACACUUUUUUCCCAGAGUCAAAGUUAUUCCCAUCUCAGAGGAAGGCACCUCAUUCAACAUUACAGAGGUUAUAGCUCUCUAUCCUGCAAUAGAUGUAGACACUGGAAAAGCGGCUGAGAAUGUCAGCUAUGCCAAAAACUCAGACCGUGACAACUGGCUGACUAUUGAUCCAGAGACAGCAGAGAUCAAACUGAACAAGAUACCUGACAGGGAGUCUCCACACGUGGUCGAUGGGAUAUAUUUUGCCAAAAUACUCUGCAUUAGAGAAGACACACCUCCUAAAACAGCCACUGGCACCAUAGCCAUCCAGGUGGAAGAUUUUAAUGACAACUGCCCCAUCCUGACCAGUGACAACCACACUAUAUGCACCACAGAGAACGCUGUUAUUGUGAAUGCUGAUGAUAAAGAUUCAUAUCAGAAUGGACCUCCUUUUAAGUUUGAGAUCAUCCUAGAAGGCACUGAAGGAAAAUGGCGCAUAGAGCAUCUCACUAACACUUCAGCUAUCCUGAGGGCUCAGCAGUACCUGUGGCCUGAUGUCUAUGAGGUGAAAUUAAUGGUAAAAGAUCAGAUGGGAUAUGCCUGUCCAGAACCACAAGAAGUCUUGGUCCAAGUUUGCACCUGUGAGGACGAAGUCGUGUGUGGGGUUCAUAUAGGACCUACAGUCAUCAGGAUACUAGUACGGGGUCCAGUGCUCGUGCUGCUACGUAAGUGCUCGAUGAUGAUUUAG